AUGAUUAUAGGGAAAGGUGGAAUUUAUAUCAAACAAAUUAAAGAAGAAAGUGGGGCUUAUGUGCAAAUAUCUCAGAAGUCAAAGGAAACUAAUUUGCCAGAGCGAUGUGUGACAGUUGCUGGUGAUGUUGAGUCCAAUAGAAGAGCAGUUGAUAUGAUUUUACAAAAGAUUGUUGAAGAUCCCCAGAGCGGAAGUUGUCCAAAUAUUAGCUAUGCAGACUAUACAGGGCCAGUGGCCAGUGCAAAUCCCACUGGUAUUGGCAACGAAAGAUAUGGUGGAAGUCCAAUGCUUAAUGAUUCAUUUGGCAAUGCUACUAAUUAUGCCAGCACUCCAGGGUUCACUGGUACCCCUAGCAUGGCUGGUGAUAGGUCUCCCAAUGUUAAUCAAAAUUCAUUUGGCCUCGGAACUGGCAUCUACAGCCCUGCUGAUGAUAAGUCAGCCGCGGCAACAAAGCAUGAGAUGGAAGUUCCGGAGACAAUAGUUGGAGCUAUUCUGGGACCUGGCGGGAAAGGCAUCGUGGAAAUACAACAGCUCACGGGCACCAACAUUCAGAUUUCGAAGAAAGGAGUCUAUGUACCGGGUACCCGUAAUCGUGUUGUCACCAUAACUGGUACUCCUAACAAUAUUGCCAAAGCCCAGAUUUUAAUCCAGCGACGCCUCCAGCAAGAGGAGAUAAAGAGGGCUCGUCAAGCAUCUACCCGUUAG